UGUGCUCUCGUUUCCCAUUCAAGUCAGCCGCGCGGUCCAGCAUGGCGGGAUAUCACAUCUGGUUCGUUCUGAUCUGGAUGUGCCUUGGAUUAGUAGGUGUUAGUUCCAAGCUGCUGCUGGUGAAAACGCCUGUGAAUCCAGAAGUGAACCAGACGGUGUCGCUGAAUUGUUCCGGCGUUUUUGGUUCCACGAUGGUGAAACGUCUGUGUCCCGGCCAGGCUCUGCCGUACUACACUAAGGUUGAAGAUGGUUACGGCAGGAUGUAUUAUUUCCCACCAUCAGCAGACACGGACAGAGCCGGUAUCUACAGGUGUGAGAACUUCGAGGGUGAACGUGUCUCCAUUGACACUUCAAUUUUCCCGCCAAACGGUACCCCGAUUUUCUCUCCAUUCUUCUCUAUGACCGCCCAUGUGGGAGAUGACGUCACUCUCACCAUGGCCGUGCGUGAAGACAGCGCCCUUCCUACAGCCAAUCUGUCAUGGCGGCUGUACCAACCUGGUCCCAACUGCGCAGGCGCCCUUCUCCCUGAGAACCAGGAUGUCAUCAUCAGACAGAACGUCACAAGCCGGAAGGACGGCGGGAUGUACGAAAUGUCUGUAUCAGAUGUCCGACAAGGGACCCAACGGACUGUAGUGCAGCUGCUUGUCACAGACUGCCCCGAGCGGCUGUGGGGACCAGACUGUUCCCAGCCCUGCCUGUCGUGUGAGAAUGGCGGGGUGUGCGGAGAGGACGGCCGGUGUGUGUGUCCGCCAGGGUUCACCGGAGAUGUCUGUCAAAUAGGAUGUGGCCCUAAUACAUACGGGUACGAUUGCGAGAGUACCUGCGGUGGAAACUGUACAGACAUGCUGUUCUGCCUGCUGCCUCCGUACGGCUGCUCGUGCGGGGCGGGGCUGAGGGGGACGGACUGUCACCAAGAGUGCGCAGGCGGGACAUACGGUGCAGGCUGUAGUCAGACCUGUGGUCACUGUCAGGACGGGGUCACGUGUGAUCCUCAUACCGGCACAUGUCCACAGGAACGGUGUGAGCCCGGCUGGCAGGGGAACACGUGUAAAAAACAAAUCACUCAUGAAGGUGACAGCAGCAGCGCGUACCUGAUCGUUCUCGGCGUGGCGGCAUGCACGCUGGUACUGGUCGGCUCGCCGCUGUGGUUCUACCUCCGCACCACCUCCAAAUGUGCGCCCAAAAUCUCCGGGCCUGACUUUGACCUGAGCACCGUGCGGGGAAUCAGCGAUCUGGCUCAAACACGAAGUCCAUACAUUGUAGAGAGUUUCAUCAAAGAUGACCUUCACAUCAGGGCCAAGUCGAAAUUUUUGGAAUGGGAGAUCAGCCGAGCGAUCUUAAACAUCGACACAAAGGCGAUCGGCAGCGGCGCGUUUGGGAAGGUGUACAAGGCAACAGUCACCGAGAACACGGGGAGUACAAGACUACCUGGUGUAGUCGCCAUCAAGCGUCUCAAAGGUGACAUCAGCAGCGCGUACCUGAUCGUUCUCGGCGUGGCGGCAUGCACGCUGGUACUGAUCGGCUCGCCGCUGUGGUUCUACCUCCGCACCACCUCCAAAUGUGCGCCCAAAAUCUCCGGGCCUGACUUUGACCUGAGCACCGUGCGGGGAAUCAGCGAUCUGGCUCAAACACGAAGUCCAUAUACUGUAGAGAGUUUCAUCAAAGAUGACCUUCACAUCACGGCCAAGUCGAAAUUUUCGGACUGGGAGAUCAGCCGAGCGAUCUUAAACAUCGACACAAAGGCGAUCGGCAGCGGCGCGUUUGGGAAGGUGUACAAGGCAAGAGUCACAGAGAACACGGGGAGUACAAGACUACCUGGUGUAGUCGCCAUCAAGCGUCUCAAAGGUCAGUUUAGCAGCCUGCCCGGCUGUUAG